GACGUUUUCGUUGCGUCUGGGACAAAGUUUUCUUCAACUUCGCUCCCUUCGAUCGGCUCAAGGUGUGCCGAAGGCGUGUGGUAAGAGCACGCAUUGUUUUACGGCAAGUUGAUAGCUUUUAGUUCUUCCAACCAUGACGGAGCGGCUCCUGAAGAAAGAGCUGGAGGGUGAGCCCGAUUUGCAGAUCAUUGGUGCAGGUUGGGGUCGCACCGGCACCAACAGCGUGAAGCUGGCACUGGAGAAGCUGUUGGAUGGACCCUGUUACCACAUGUUCGAAUGCGGUAAAAGGCCAGAUCAUGCCAAGUGGGUUGAAGCCUACAACGGCAAACCGGAUUUUAAGGCCAUUUUCACCCAUCCGGAUGGAGAUAAGUUCUACAAGGCUACGGUGGAUUACCCCGCCUGUGGCAUGUACAAGGAACUGAUGCAAGCCUAUCCAAAGGCCAAGGUCUUGUUGACCGUCCGAGACCCCGAGAAGUGGUAUGACAGCGUGAUCAACACCAUUUGGUCCUGGCGUUGUCCGGAGCAGCAUUGGGCCGUGAGGAUCUACAAGGCUGGCCGUGAGUGCCAGGAGUGCGCCAAGUGUUUUCACAAGGCCACCGUGCUGCCUGGGGUGGAGCGUACGGAUCGUGAGGGUUCCAUCAAGUCCUUCAAGGCAUGGAUUGAAAGGGUCAAGGCCACUGUGCCUCCGGAGAAGCUCUUGAUCUUUGAUGUGAAGGAAGGUUGGGAGCCUUUGUGCAAAUUCUUGAAUGUCCCUGUGCCAGAUGAACCUUUCCCAAAUGUCAAUGACAAGGAGGAGAUCAACAAAAUGAUGGAUGGCAUCAUUUGGCAUUGCUACAAAAUGCACUUCCUCCGAGCCGUUGUGGUGAUGGGUGGCUUUGGGCUUUUGGCGUGGCUCGGGUUGAAAUUCCUGGCAUGAGCGAAGAACCAAUUCAACUCGUGCUCAGUACAAGCACCGUGUUCCGCAGGUUGGGUGAAAAA